UCGUACGUGUUUCUGUCAAAAUUAAAUGCUAUCGUCAUUUGAUUGACAACAGCAACAGCCAAUCCAGUCUUCCAACGUUCUUUGAACAACCAAUCAGCGUAACGAGGUUAGUUGUUUGCGGAAGAAUAAUCCAGUUGCCGCCCUAUGUUUGAAGGCGCUUUACGCGCGUAAAAGUGGCCAUUUGACGCUUACUACGGUUCAAAAACAUGAAACCGAUUCGGUGAGCAUGGAGAGUGUCCAGGGUUCAGAGGUGGAGUCGGGAGUGAGCACGAACCCACACAAGCGCCUCUGCACCGCUAACAACAGACCAGGAACAGCAUUGAGUGAAGUAGUGGACGUGAGUAUCAUCAUGCCAAUGUACAACGCCUCCCUUUGGCUGGUCGAGUGUCUGCAGGCCAUAUUUGAUCAAGACUUCACCGGGUCAAUGGAACUUUCUGUUUUCGAUGACGCCAGCACUGAUGACUCCAGAAAAGUGGUUGAAGCUUGGAGGCAGAAGUUGGAGGGGAGGAGCAUUUCAGUGGUGAUCAGUGGCCACAACUCAGAGCAGCCAAGAGGAGUGGGAUAUGCAAAGAAUAAGGCAGUAGCGCAGAGCUGUGGAAAAUACUUGUGCUUUCAGGAUGCAGAUGAUGUCAUGUUGCCCCAAAGGGUUCAGCUGCAGUACAAGGCAUCUGUCUUUCACUCAAACUCUCUGAUCGGCUGUAGAGUCCAAAGGCUUCCUGAGGGAUCCACAGAACGUUAUACCCGCUGGAUCAACACAAUCACACAGGAUCAGCUUCUCACACAAGUGUACACCUCGCAUGGACCAACUGUCAUCAUGCCAACGUGGUUCUGCUCAAGACACUGGUUCUCCAAUGUUGGAUGGUUUAGCGAGGAAAGCAAGGGAGUCCCUGAGGACUUGAUCUUCUUUUACCAGAGUCUUCGUCAAGGAGGGGGUGUGACCAGAGUUGACCAGUGCCUGGUGGUGUACCGUUACCAUGAGAAGGCCACCACACACUCUGUGAAAGAGGAAACCAUUUGGAACCUGCGAGUUGGAUUCCUUCAGGAGAGGGUUAUUAGCCAAUGGGAGAGUUUCACCAUUUGGAAUGCUGGCAAACAAGGCCGCAAGCUGUACCGAUACCUCAACGCCACCAAUCAGAAGAAAGUCAAAGCUUUCUGUGAUGUUGACAAGAACAAAAUUGAUAAAGGUUUUUAUACAUAUGAGGACUCCAAGGAAAAACCAAAGCCCAAAAUUCCAAUUCUGCACUACAAGGAUGCGUCCCCACCUUUUAUCAUCUGUGUCAAGCUGGACAUGACAGGCGGCCUUCUGGAGGAAAACCUCAAGUCAUUGCAGUUGAAAGAAGGAACAGAUUUCUUCCAUUUCAACUGACAGCUUGGAGAAGCAUCAGAGAACAAGACUGGGCUGUCCAAAUGUUUUCCAACCAGGACCGCAUACAGAAAUGUUGAAGGAUCCAGAUGCAUCACGCCCCAUUGAUAUUUUUUUUAAAUUAAAGAUACUAAAACCAAUACAAUGUAGGUCAGUCAAUAUAUAGUUAACUAUUUCAACAAAACAUCCAAUUUUAGCUUUGUGUUCUAGGUAACAAAGCACAUUAGUGUAAUUUCUAAGUAAAGAUGUGACAAUAUGAAAAUGUCAUAUCGCGGUCAUAAUUCGGUUAUCAUCAUCACGGUAUUUUUGAAUGUGCUAAAAAAAAAUACUUACACACACACUGAAAUCUUUUAACCAAGUUGUAUUUUUUUAGAUAAAUAAAUAAAAUAAAUAGACGGAUACUUAAAAAAAAACGUUCAAUAUUGUUCUUGCUUCAUUAGAGCCAUAUAGUGUUUCAAUACGUUUAUCUUCUUCCGUUUGAAUUUGUUUAGGUUUUAAUCGUGUUUGUAUGUGUAGUGUCUUAUAGUUAAGCUAGCUAAUGAUUUCCACACUAGCUUGCUUUUUCGAUAAAUGAGCUGUAUCAGCGAUCCUUAAAGGGGAACAUUAUCACCAGACCUAUGUAAGCGUCAAUAUAUACCUUGAUGUUGCAGAAAAAAGACCAUAUGUUUUUUUAACCGAUUUUCGAACUCUAAAAGGGUGAAUUUGAAUUGAUAGCCUGUCGAGCGAUGACCUUUCACCUGUGACGUCACAAAAUGAAGCAAUCCGCAUUUUGCUCAAUCUUAUUACACGCACCAAGUCAAAUCAGCUCUGUUAUUUUCCGUUUUUUCGACUGUUUUCCCUUACUUUGGAGACAUCAUUUCUCGUCGGUGUGUUGUCGGAGGGUGUAACAACACGAACAGAGACGGAUUCAAGUUGCAACAGUGGCCAAAAGAUGCGAAAGUCCCUCGUUUGUUCUGCACACUGUACCGACGACAGCUAUGCUAGGACAGAGAUGGCAAGAAUGUGUGGAUAUCCUGCGACACUCAAAGCAGAUGCAUUUCCAACGAUAAAGUCAACGAAAUCACAAAGGUGAGUUUUGUUGAUGUUAUUGACUUAUGUGGAGUGCUAAUCAGACAUAUUUGGUCACGACAUGACUGCAAGCUAAUCGAUGCUAACAAGCUAUUUAGGCUAGCUGUAUGUACAUGUUGCAUCAUAAUGCCUCAUUUGAAGCUAUAUUUGCAUCCAGCCUUUCCCUCCACCCACAUUUAAUGCCAAACAAACACAUACCAUUCGUUGGUUAGAAGGCGAUCGCCGAAUUCGUCCGCGCUUCCUCCCGUGCUGCUGUCUGUCGUGAUAUGGCUCAAUAGCUUCAGUUUCUUCUUCAAUUUCGUUUUGGCUAUCUGCCUCCACACUCCAACCAUCCGUUUCAAUACAUGCGUAAUCUGUUGAAUCGCUUGCGCCGCUGAAAUCCGAGUCUGAAUCAGAGCUAUUAUGCUAUACCUUUCUGUGCUAUCCGCCAUGUUUGUUUCUGGUGGCUUCACGCAGUGACGUCACAGGGCAAUAGACGGGUGGAUAUAACGAAGGUUAAAAUCAGGCACUUUGAAACCGUUUUUCGGGAUAUUGUAUGAUGGGUAAAAUUUUGAGAAAAACUUCAAAAAAUAAAAUGAGUCACUGUUAACUGAUUUUUGUUGGUUUUAACCCUUCAGAAAUUGUGAUAAUGUUCCCCUUUAAGUUUAACUAUCAAUCCUGGUUUUAGGAUCUUUUUAAUAUUAAACAGUGAGUUUAUUAUUUAUACCAGACAUUUUUUAAAUCCCUACAUCAAACCUAACCUCCUUGACAUUUACAUUGUUUCCUUCUUAUUCAUUGCUAAUAUUAUUAUUAUUCCGCCAUGUAAAGCUUUAACCAAUGCUUUAGCACACUCAAAAACCACUGUAUCUUGCAAAGACUUUGUACCCAAGUUCAUUAUAACAGAAAGCCCAAAAUCAUCAAAGACUAUAUAAAGUAAGAUUCUCAGGUCCUCAGCUAUUUUGGUUGUGAUGUACCGUUUUGGGGGGGAUUUGGGCCUGUUCCAUUUUUUUUUUAUUUCUUUUUAGUGUAAAUGUUCUAAUCCAGAACAUAUUUAUUUUGUCUGUAGAACGUGUCACAGGCCAAUAAAAAAUGGACCUGCACUAUGACAUAAAAAGCUGGUGGAUGUUAGGCACCUUGCACUCCACCUUCUGCUUGAGGAUACCCAACAGGUGCUCAAUUGGUUUCAGGUCUCGAGGAGACAUAUUUGGCCACUUCAUCACCUUCUUGGAGUUAACCACAACUCCCCAGUGCCAGCAACACUCAUGCUGCCCCAGACCAUGACUCUACCGUGCGUGACAAAGUGCCUUGCUACGCACUUGUGUCCGUCUUAUUUGACAAUGAAGGCUAUAUAUUGAGUAUUUUUCAGUGAGUAAUAAAUCUAUACUGUGACACAA